AUAAGUGUCAGAAUAGAGUAGUGAAAUCAAAAAUAAUCUCGACCAAGGACAAGAGCAGGAUACGAUCAAGAUACGAUAUUCAACUGCUUCGAUCGCUGAAAUUAGUUUCCAGUACUAUCGAUAUCUCGUAAAGUAUAACGAUUUAAUCUAGUCUAGCGAGAUACAGUGAUGUGAUUGUUGAUACAACAGCGGAUGGAGUAAUAUAAACACUACAGAGUACACGCGAAGUUGCGAAUGUUGAUUAUGUGUGGGGGAGAUGACGUUUUGAGAUGAAGGCGGGUACUAGUUUUGAUUCCUCAGUGACCUUCUAAUACAGUGGUUACAUACGACAGAAAGAAAGGACUUUCUUCGUACUUUUGUAAAUAAUUUGCGAGGUCAAUUUUGACUUACAACAAAGACACGAGGUUAAGUGGAUAAAAGAAUGAUGCCGUCGAGAAACAUCAUGACAGAAAACUUAUUGGGCCUGUCGUGGCAUGACAGUGCUUGGAUCCCCAUAUUAAAUCCUUCCAACAUUAUGGAUUACUUUUCAGAACGAAGUAACCCAUUUUUUGACCGGACGUGUAAUAAUGAAAUAGUUAAAAUGCAACGCCUGAAUCCAGAUCAGUUGCAAAAUAUGACUGGACUUGAAUACAUAUUGCUUCACGUCCAGGAACCAAUUCUGUAUGUCAUUCGCAAACAGCAUCGACAUACUCCCACCCAGGCAACACCUCUUGCAGAUUAUUACAUUAUUGCUGGCACAGUUUAUCAAGCCCCUGACCUUAUGUCUGUGAUAAAUUCAAGAUUGAUGUCAACAAUACAUCAUCUACAAUCUGCAUUUGAAGAAUCAAACUCUUAUUCUCGAUAUCACCCUUCUAAAGGGUAUUCAUGGGAUCUAAAAGAACGCAAACCAUCAGAAAGGACUGCAUCAAAAAAGGAGACUCAAAGGGAAGAGCCGAGCUCAUUGUUCCAGAGACAAAGAGUGGAUAUGUUGCUGGCAGAACUUACACGAAAGUUUCCAGUUCAAGUCAUUCCUCAACAGAAACCAGCAAUUGAAGAAGUGAAAGCUGAACCUCGUGAAAUUAAACAGGAGAAACCAGAUAGUCAGCGAAACAUGAAGCCACCACCAGAGAAAAAACCAAAGAUCAAUUUGUGAAGAGGAAUUCCAGAAAAUCUAAAUAAAGCAAACUGGAAAUCAA